GCCCUAGCUACAGCAUCAGUAGUGCUGUUGAUAGCAGCGACAACGAUCUUGGAAAAUGAGCUGAUGUGGUGCUAGAAGCUCCUGCCGUCGGUACUUGAACCUACAAAAACUCUACAGGGCUUCUUUCGUCCAAGUCGACUGCUCAGUACUCAGUGUUUUACUGUCCGUUCCUUCCAUAACUUUAUUCUAACGCACCUCCAAGUAAGUCUCAAUGACAUCUGUUCUUGUCACGAAAGCUCGUUUCUUGAACACCGGAAGUGUUCGAUAUUCACGCAACUUUCUCUUGCAGACAACAUGACUUCAUCUCAGUACUCUGACGGACGUCAAGAAACGCGUGUUGAGAACUAUACCAAGUUCUGGCAAAAGGACCUUGGUAAGGAGGGUGAAGCGGAUAAUCAAAACCGUGUUGAGAGCUACACUGACGUUGUAAACGGCUACUACGAUGGUGCGACGGAGCUGUACGAGUAUGGCUGGGCUCAGUCUUUCCACUUCUCGCGGUUCUAUAAAGGCGAGGCUUUCGUAGCCUCUUUGGCCCGCCACGAGCACUACCUCUCAGCACAAAUGGGACUUCGCCCUGGCAUGCGAGUGCUGGACGUCGGGUGCGGCGUCGGUGGUCCUGCACGCGAGAUUGCUCGCUUCGCCGACGUCAAUAUCGUCGGCUUGAACAACAACGAUUUCCAGAUUCAGCGUGCUCGGAAGUACACUAAGAAGGCUGGCCUUGAAAACCAAGUUAGCUUCGCCAAGGGUGAUUUCAUGAAGCUGUCGGAACAAUUCGGGGAGAACUCAUUCGAUGCUGUGUACGCCAUUGAAGCCACUGUCCAUGCACCUACGUGGGAGGGUGUGUAUGGUGAAAUCAUGAAGGUUCUGAAGCCUGGAGGAGUGUUUGGCGUCUAUGAAUGGUGUAUGACUGACACGUGGGAUGCAUCCAUUCCUGCACACAAGGAACUUGCGCAUGCCAUUGAGUUUGGCAAUGGUAUCCCAGAAAUGCGUCCCUUGAAGCAAGCCCGCGAAGCUAUGGUCAAGGUCGGCUUCUCCAUUGAGCACGAAGAGGAUCUCGCCGAACGCCCUGACGAAGUUCCAUGGUAUUACCCACUGGAGGGUGAUAUAUGGAAGGCCCAGACUGCUUGGGAUUGCUUCACUGUUUGGCGGAUGAGCUGGAGCGGAAAGCUCGUUUCACACACCGCAAUCAAGUUCAUGGAGAUGCUUGGCCUUCUGCCCAAGGGCACAUAUGAUGUUGGCGAAUCCCUCAAGGUCGCUGCUGAUGCACUUGUGAAGGGUGGCCAGACCAAACUGUUCACGCCCAUGUACCUCGCAAUUUGCCGCAAGCCUGCGUUUUCUGAAAGCUAAACUGGAUACCCAGGACGCCACAUAUACGUAUAUACCCCGCCACUAAUAUCCUAGAAAAAUUGCAUAACUUUAUGGCAUGCGUUUCGGCACGAUCUUGAGCUUGAACCUGAGGUGAUCAAUUG